AUGCUGUACAACCAGUUAACAGCUUUUAUCCCUGAAAACAAGUUAUCAUCAUCAGGUCUUGUUCCUUAUCUACGUAAAUUACAUUCAACUCAAGGUCAUUUAGUAAAGCCUGGAGGACCACUUUUUGAGAAUACUAUUUCUGUGACAGAUCCUCUGAUUAUAAAAUCAACAUUAUCAAUAGGUGAUAGACCUAAUUUUUUGUUCAAAUUUUUGGAACCAAUGUUUGGGCAAGAUAAUUUACAAAUAUUUGAAGCUGAUAGAGCUGCCAAAUUUCAUAAACCACAAGAUCUUGAUUUAAAAGCAUUCAAACAUGCAUAUGAUAUUGCAUUAAGUGGUUUAUUUGAUAAACAAUUUGGUAUGCUGGAAGCAUCACGUGAAGAAGAAUUUCAAAAUUCUAUUAAUUAUUUACAAGAAACUUUAAAGAAUCUAAUUUCUAAAAGAAGAGGAAGGACUAAUGUUAAUGGUGGUGAAGAUGUAUUGGUAAAAGAUAUGCUUGACAUUUUGGUAUUAGCAAUUGAUCCUGAGACAAAUAAUCCUUAUACUGAUGAAAUGGAAGAAAUUGAUCAAGUGUUAAAAUGUCAUUUACCCACAUUUGAAGAUUUAUCAAAAAUGGAUUACUUGACUCAAGUUGUUAAAGAAUCUUUGAGAGUUCAUCCACCUGGAGCAUUUUGUGCACGCUUCUUAAAAUCAGAUAUGAAUGUUGAAAAAAUUACAACAACAACAAAAUCUUCAUUGUCAUCUUCAUCAAUUGAACCUCACAAUAUUGAUAAUAGUCUUUUAUUAAAAUCAAAUACGACCAUCUUAUAUCCAAUUCCAUUGUUACAUGAAAACCCAAACUUUUUUGAAAAUCCAUUGGAAUUCAAACCAUCAAGAUUUGCCACCACCACCAAAACUAUUAAACCAUCAACUUAUUGUCCAUUUGGCUUUGGUGCUAGAAUUUGCCCAGCUGAAAGACUUGCAUUGUUAGAUGUCAAAAUGAUGAUUUGUCUUAUCUUCCAAAAAUUCAAUGUUGAAUUAGCAAUGAAUUUAAAUGAUGUUCAGAAAGAAGAAAGAUUAGUUGUUAUGGCUAAAAAUGAUAUAAUGGUAAAAUUAACUUUAAGGAAUAGAUAA